AGAAUUUUACCGCUUCAAAAACGGGUAGUGGGCCGGCGGUAGCGCAGUUGCAUUUCACGGAGCGUAACACGGGAUGACUGUAGUAUAUAAAUGUGCACAGUAAGCACGACUAGUCACUAAAAUGAAGUAACUAACCGGAAAUAACUGUCGGUCUCUGAGUUGCUAACACUUUUCCAUAUAUGCAUAUACGCUUGUUAAAACAAGAUUCCUAAUCGCCUCUUAUGUAUACACGUUGAGGGUCAGCUGAACAUUUUCGAAUUAUUGUGCCAAAUGUUUUCGAUAAUAAGUCAUAACCUAAAAUCGGAGUAGGAUUCCGGACUGAACUGAAAUUCGUUUGAUAACGUUCGAUUUACGAGAGAUCUCCUGCUAAAGUCUUCUUAUCCAUGGACAGGGGCAUGCAUCAACAAUGCCAAUUCUUCUUCGGUACCAGAGCACUGGCAGUCACCAUUCUAUUACACAUCUUCCUGUCACUACCAGAGGGGGUUUUGGCAGGGUACAACGAGAAAAGGCUGUUGCACAAACUGCUGGACCACUACAAUGUUCUGGAAAGGCCUGUGGCUAAUGAAUCAGAUCCAUUACAAUUGAGUUUCGGACUAACGCUAAUGCAGAUCAUUGAUGUGGACGAGAAGAAUCAGCUACUCAUCACCAAUAUAUGGCUGAAAUUGGAAUGGAACGACAUGAAUCUGCGCUGGAAUGCCUCAGAGUUUGGUGGCGUGAAAGAUCUUCGAAUACCUCCACAUCGUCUAUGGAAACCAGAUGUACUCAUGUACAACAGUGCCGAUGAAGGAUUCGACGGUACAUACCCAACCAAUGUCGUCGUACGCAACAAUGGCAGUUGCUUAUACGUUCCACCGGGUAUAUUCAAGAGCACGUGUAAAAUCGACAUAACUUGGUUCCCUUUCGACGAUCAACGAUGCAAGAUGAAGUUUGGAAGUUGGACCUACGAUGGUUUCCAGUUGGAUUUACAACUGCAAGACGACGCCGGGGGAGAUAUUAGCAGCUUCAUUACAAAUGGGGAGUGGGAUUUACUAGGGGUGCCAGGCAAAAGGAACGAAAUCUACUACAACUGCUGCCCAGAACCGUAUAUCGACAUAACCUUCGUCAUCAUAAUAAGAAGAAGGACCCUUUAUUAUUUUUUCAACCUGAUCGUACCCUGCGUCCUUAUAGCAUCGAUGGCUGUUCUGGGAUUCACAUUGCCACCUGAUUCGGGAGAGAAGCUUUCGCUUGGUGUCACAAUUUUACUUUCUCUGACCGUGUUUCUCAACAUGGUGGCAGAAACUAUGCCUGCCACAUCCGAUGCUGUGCCUCUCCUUGGCACCUACUUCAACUGUAUCAUGUUCAUGGUGGCGUCAUCCGUGGUCUCGACCAUCCUGAUCCUGAACUAUCACCAUCGUAACGCAGACACCCACGAGAUGUCGGACUGGGUUAAGGUUGUUUUCCUCUACUGGCUGCCAUGGAUUCUGCGCAUGAACAGACCUAGUCAUACGGCUAGCGCCGAUCCUUUGCCGCAAUCUAGUCGACCUGCCUCCGUAGCGACAGACCGUAAACCGUUGCAUUUUCAGGAUGCUGAACUGAAGGAGCGUUCUUCUAAAAGUCUGCUAGCCAACGUACUCGAUAUCGAUGACGAUUUCCGUCACAACCAUCGUGGAGUUGGUGGUGGUACUGGAACCCUUACCUCUCUACCGACAGCCACGAUCUACAGAAACGUAUAUAGGCAAAACGAGGACAACAGCAACGGUGGUCGUCUACAAGAAUCCUACGUCUCGAAUCAUUCUUGCGUCAGCGCAGACUACGAGCUGGCCCUGAUCCUGAAAGAGAUAAGAUUCAUAACCGAUCAGCUGCGCAAGGAAGACAUGGCAGCAGAUAUAACGAGAGACUGGAAAUUCGCAGCAAUGGUAGUCGACAGACUGUGCCUUAUAAUAUUCACUUUGUUCACAAUAAUCGCGACAUUAGCGGUGCUUUUUUCAGCUCCCCAUAUCAUUGUAUCGUAGCUACCCCAGCCAGUUGACGAAAUUUCUUCGAUAGCUGCCAAAAUCAGGAGCCCAACCAACCAACUCUUGCUCUGGUCCUUUUCAUUACUGAUGACGUUAGGCGGGAUCGGUUAGUGAACACGUCUGGGGGGAAGGACAAGAAUGUGCCACAGCGUUUAUUUUCACAGUCCCAUUUUUUUUUCUUUGGAUCAAGGCAAAUUCCCAUUCAAGUAGAUUAUCGAGGAAAUUCGAGUCAACUGGAUUCCAUAAUUUCUUCCUCUAAACCGAGAGUAGUAUAUAAAUUCUCACUCGACAAGGAUUCGGUCAAAGUCAAAAUUUUCGCUCGUAGAUGAUGAUCGAUUAUAUUAUCGGAUUGAACGGAAAGGAUCAGUGUCGGACAUUAGAUGAUGUAGGUUAAAUUUGUGGUUGGUUCAUGUUCCAGAUGAAGCUCAAGCAACCGGAUUCCAUAAAUAGUUGGCAUUCGUUUUAUACGAACCCUUGUUUUUGUAACGUGUUCUUUAGAUUAUUACACAAUCAUACUGUGAUAAAUAAAGUUAAAUGUUGAGUCGCAAACCCCGUUCCUCUGAAAUUCAGAUAAACUGAUCACCCUGUACAUGUGCAUUCGAAAAGAGAAGGGCAGAAGAAUGUGAACACUCGAAUGAAUUUAUGUUGUAAAUUCGGUCAAAUUUUCGUAUUUUUCCGGAGAGGUCAGUAGUAUAGUUCUGUGUCGUAUGGUCUUUAAUAUUUCCAUAUUCUUCUGCCUGAUUUUUCGAAUGCCCUCGGACUGAAGAACGCUUUGAUGAUGUUAUUAGUUUAGACUGCUGCAUCUGCUAUUUCAAAUAUCACAUGUAGAAAAUCGCUAAAAGGAGUGAGCUAUUCACUUAGUGUCCUUCGCAUUUUUUUACUCCUAUAUUCGUACAGGGGAGAUCCAGAUACGGCUUUCACAACAUUAAUAACCUUCGAUAUCCAUGAAUUCCAAAAACGAAAUCUUCAUAGUAUAUAUUUGAAUAAAAUUCCUUUCGUUUUUCUGGGGGAUAAUAGAAUGGAUAUCAAUGUAAUGAAAGUGAAAAACACGUUAAAAUACGCUCAAUUUCAACUAUAUGUGAAAUGAAAAUCCGAAUUAUAUAGGUGUUCUGAAAAUACUCACACUUUUAGUGUAUGUGCUACGAUGUGUCAAAUAGAAAUUAGAUCGAAAUAGAACUAGCUCACUUCUUCAACUAACCACUGCUUCGGGGUGAUGGUUCACAAAAAAAAAUAUAAGUAAAUACUCAAUGAUGUUGAACAAAGUCUUUCAGGCAUUUAUAUUUUCGAGAUUUGGAGUAAGCGACGACCUAUAGUAGUUCAGGAUGUGUUUUAGAUUAGUAUUAAAAAAAAAAAUACGUACUGCGCCGUUCACGUAUAAGGCGUCUUGUUCUCUAUUUUAAAUCUCUUGAAGCUCAACCGUUAAUGCGAUAUUCAUUGUAAUCUAAGAAUAUUCAUUGUGUGGGUAACACAAUGUCAGUAAAACUACCAAGUAAUAUUAUCUGAUGAAUAACAAUCCUACUUGAAAAGAUUCUUCAGGCACAACAAGUCCUUGUGAAAGGAGAAUAAAUGCAAAAGCUUUCUAAUACCCCCGAAAUUGCGAAUUUUUUCAAAUGAAAAUAGUACCAAAUCGCCAAAUUAUUUACUCUAAUCGCCGAAAGUAUUACCGAAAAUUCCUCGUUGUAAGGUUAUUCGAGUCUUUGUUAUAAGAACAGUAUUUUUCCUUCGUAAAUGUUUGCUUCCUAAAGAUCAAUAUCGAUUUUUGAAAUUUCUGCAUUUUGACUGGCAGACUUUGCGCCACUAUAGGAUAAGAAAAACGAUCACUUAUGAAGUAAGAUGGCAGCAAAUCGAGAGGGUUCAUUAUGUACAAUGAUUGUAUCUUAUUGUCAAAACGUUUGUAGGAUGAAUUUUGCGUUGGAAUCAGUUCUUUAUAUAGCAUAUACUAUGAACGGGGUCAGGUAACAUUGCUUGGAUGAGCUCAUUUCAUUGAAUGUUCAAUAACGAAGGCAUUGGGUUGAGGUAAAGUGAAUAAAUAUUAAGAAUUAAAUUUCUGGAGUUGAUCACUUCAUUGUUGUCAGAAAUUGUUGACUACGUUUUAUAUUGUACAUCGUAGAUUUAUACUUUGAACGUAGCAAUUGGAAAAAUUCAAAUGGGAACGUUGGAUGAUAAUUGAAAACGAAUAUAUACCUUUGGAGGUAGCAGAAUUGUUUCAUUUUCAUUUCACGGUCUAGCAUGCUAUUUGAAAAAUGUAUUUUGUAUCUUUCUGCCAUUUCUGCAAAUUGUAAAUAAAUAAAUCAGCAUUAGAAGCAUAAGGAAGCCCUCUAAUAUUCACAUAUCGAUUUGAAAUUCAUUUUCAGACAAGUUGAUAUAAGAAUGUGGUGAUUGCCAGUGAAAAUUUUAAAAUUAUCGAAGCUCCCAAAACGAUAAAUAAAGGAAGUUGCUCAAAUACAUGAAUUCCCCAUUAAAUUCGGGAGUGAGUACAACAGUUUAAUGUAUUUCCCAUCAUCCACACGUAUCAACGUUGUCCAAAUUAAUCAUUGAUUUUCUUUCGAGAAACCAGAAAUCAUUGGCUUUGGAAAUGAAAUUUCUAGAUAACUUCCAACUAAAACAAAGAAUGUCGUGUUCUCACAAAAUGUCUUCCAUUCUAGAAUCUUUAGACUUCUUUUCUUACAAUUUGUGGGACUUGAAUAGUGCCAAAUAUUGGUAUUUAAUUAGAUGUAGUUCUAUGUACUCUACUUCAUAUAAUAUAGAAUCCAUUUCUUAGUACUCUAAUUGUAGUGGGUUUCAAAGCCAAUGCAGUAAAGGUCAGAUAAUGUCACACAAAAUAACUGACAGCUUGUGGUUUUUGCAUAACGAACUGAGAAAGCUGAUGUUCUUUCAAAAUUUGCAUUAAAAUGUUCCCGAGCUUGCAGAUAUUAUGGUAAAAUUGAAUUCGGAAUUUUUUGAAGGUAUUUGCUUCGGUGCCUGAUCUUCAUUGCGAAUAACUAAUCUUUCAAUGAAUUUUGGUUCUAGACAAAUUCAAAAAAAAUUUGCAAAAACGCAUAACGUCAAGCUAUCGAAGCUGAUGAGCUUCGAGUCAUCUAUCUCUCUUAACGUUUUCAUUGAGCUGACAAAAAAGGAUCGAUCUAGGCUAGUUGCAAAUCACUUUCGAUGAUGUGGAUACCUAAAUAAGUGAAAAUAGGUAAUAAAACUCGCGUUCCAUUGUUACAUAAAUAAGUAAAUUCCCAGAGGAGCUAUUACUCAGUAAACCGAAUGGUAUUUAAAUGAAAAUUGAGAUUAUUUAAAUAAAAAUGACAAUCCAUUUUUGAUCACUCAAAAAGAAAUCAAGAUCGGGGAUUGGGCAACUUUUAUCCUCGAUACUGUGAAAUGGUACUAUUCUCAAUAGUGUAUGCUCUAGAAUUCAUUUUUUACCAAUAAUAUUGUUGUAAUGUUGCAUCACAAUGGAUUGUACUUUGUUAAAUGAAAUACUAAUAAAGAAAAAUGUU